UUGGAGUGGUACGUACUUGCUCUCUUUGUCUUUGUUGUUGGAACUCCAUAAUAAGUAGAGCUCACUCCACUUCAUUUCUUACCAUCCGAAGUUCCAAACUUCAGAGCAGCCUGCUUACUUACUAGCAUGGAGUACUCUCGCCUUGUUUCCCUCUGCUCUCUUUUAUAUGUUGCAUUAGCACUGUUGGGAAGAAGCUAUGCGUCUAAUGAUGUAUCAUCGGAUUCUUACUGGCAGUCAGCUUUUCCAAAAACUACCAUACCCAAAACCCUACAAGAACUUCUAGCUUAUGGCCGGCCCUGGAACGAAGGCAAAGCUAGCAGAUACACUGGGAUCAGCAAGGACAACCUGAACAUCAACACCAUGCUAGUUUCUGGAUCUGCAUUUCCAAUUAUUGGUAAAGAUAAUUAUGCCGAGGCCGCCUCUGGGAAAAUUCACGUGGAGCCAGACGUGACUACUUUCUUCUUAGAGAAGGAUCUACGAUUGGGGAAGAAGAUGACCCUGCACUUCCCCAAAACCACUGAUGCGGCCAAGAUCCUGCAUCGUAAAGUCGCCAAGUCCAUACCCUUUUCGACCACCAGGCUGCCGCAGAUUCUCAACCAGUUUGCGGUGAAACCCUACUCCGCAGAAGCAGAAGUGAUCAAACAGACGAUCGAAGACUGCGAGGCGCCAGGCAUCAAAGGGGAAGACAAGUACUGCGCCACGUCGUUGGAGUCCUUGGUCGAUUUCACCGCUUCAAAGCUCGGUAAAUACGUGCAGGUAUAUUCCACAGAGGUCGUAAACGAAAACAAACAGGAAUAUAAGAUUGGAAAGGGAGCUGUGCAGAAAAUUGGAGACAGGUCAGUGGUUUGCCACAAGCAGAAGUACUUGUAUGCGGUUUUUUACUGCCAUGAAAUUCACUCCACUAGAGCUUAUGUGGUUCCACUGGUGGGUGCUGAUGGAACUAAAGCUGAAGCAGUAGCUGUUUGCCACACUGAUACAAGAACAUGGAACAUCAAGCAUUUUGCAUUCCAGGCCCUCAAAAUAAAGCCAGGAACAGUUCCUAUUUGUCACUUCUUGCCCAGAGGCAACCUUGUUUGGGUUCCAAACAAGUAGAGACGAUACUUGCCAAUGAAAAAUAGAAGCAAAAUAUUGUGCAUGCAGGAAGUGGGAUAUGUACGUGCGUGCUGAACCUGAAACCAAGCUAGCUAAGCUAAUGCUUAAUAAUCGGGUCGUAGUAGCAUGCACAACUUCGUGUUAUUUCUUCGUCCAGCUUUUAUAUAUAAUGAAGGUGUAAUAUUAUUAAAGUUUGUGUUAUAAAUAAAAGAGAGUUUUUAUUUAUA